AUGGUUUGGCCCCUGCUGCUGCUGCUGCUGUUGUCACCAGCACUUCUGCAAGCUGGAAACUCAGCAGGAUCCAGAGCAAACUAUGCCUAUGGGGUCGACCAACCAAAACACCUCUCAGCACCCGAGGGUGGCUCCAUUCAUAUUUCCUUCUCCUUCUAUUACCCAAGGGAGUUAGCAAAAGCUCCCACAGUGAGUGUAUCCUGGAGACGGGGCCAUUUCCAUGGGGAAUUUAUCUACAAUAAGACCCCAGCUUUCACCCAUGCGGAUUACAAGAACCGGCUCUUCCUGAACUGGACAGAGAAGCAGACAUCGGGCUUCCUCAGGAUCCAGAACCUGCGGAGGAAGGACGAGUCCGUGUACUUCUGCCGGGUCACACUGACCACACAGAGUGGAUGCAGGGAGAUGUGGCAGUCCAUCCUGGGGACCACACUCACCAUCACUAGCGGUCGGCACACUAAAGCCACAACCCCAACCCGGGAACCCUUCCAAAACACUAAGGAGAAAUGUGAGAAUACUGGGACUGAAGGAAAACAUGCAGGCCCCGAGCUGGAACCCACGGAUGCGGGCAUCGUCUAUGCCUCUCUUUCCAUCUCUAGCUUGACCAUGCCAGGAGCAUCUCUCAGCCACCAUCUGAAAGGGAGCCCCCGGGAGGAGACCCUAUAUUCUGUCUUAAAGGCCUAA